AUGGUGUCUAAGGAGCCAAUAUCAUCUCAAAAUGAACACGAUAACGACAAUGGUCAACAGAGAUCUUCUUUUUUGCAGAAAAAGCGCUUUGUGAGAUACAAUUCGGUGUUGAGAAGGCGAGGGCCCUUAACCAACAAUCGAACGCUGGAAAAACGAGUUUUGAAGCCAACAACUGGGUUAAUCGGCGAAGAUAGCUCUGAUACUUUGAAAUGGGCUCAAAUAUUUAUUACUAAAGGUCGAAGUCUGCUGAAAUCCAUCAAAAACGAGGAUAUCAAAUUUCAAAGGGCUCUCAAGCAAAACGAAAGACGGGAGAAAAUGCGCGAAAACUACGUUGCAGAGCUGUUAGAGAGUGCAAAUCACCAUGAAAUGGGUCUUGCAGCAGAGGAGCCCAGUUUCGUGGAUUCUCAAGGCUAUGGAACUGACACGUCGUUCAAAAACUACGACGAGACGAUGAACGCUAGCUUGGCUUUUACCGAUCUUGCACCCUCCAGGAGGGGCUUUGUGAGCCCUCUCAGAACACCAGAAAUCUUGGAAGAUGUUGGAGCAAGUGAAGUGAGUGAAAGAAGUGAAGUCAAGGAAGCAAGUGAAAGGCUAGAUUUGAGCGCUGAGGAACUAAGUCAAGACGAAAAUUCCAAUAACAAUGAACUUUCUGAGUACGAAGACCGUAGUGCAGAUGUAGAUGAACAGAUCUCCGAAGAUAAUGAUGUUAUUGAAAUUUCUAGCGAUGAAGAUGAAGUGGAACAGCCACCUUUGUCUUCUGCGACGCAAAUUAACGAACCUUUUGACAGCAACGAUGUCAGAAACUAUCAAAAGAGUAUUUUAAAUAAUGCGCAAGCGACGUCUUCAGCUGAAGAAAAUGAAGAGGUGCUGUGGGGCUCAGGUGGCGAGAGCGCGAACGAAGGAUCUUUGGGCACUGAAGUCGAGUACGAAGAGGAAGAACCUGUGAACUCAAUGGAUGCCCUUGCUCAAUACGAGGGACAAAAGGUCUCUCCAGCUUUCAAUUCUGAAGUAGAGACAAAGAGAUGGUCAGAGGGCAUUGAUCCUGGUCUCGAAGACGAAGAAAUCGCAUUGGAAGCCGACGCCGAACAUGGAGAAGAAGAACAUAGCUCAGGUGUAGAUGACGCAAUGGAGGAGGAAGAAUCAUGCUCUAGUGGGGAUGCAGCAAUGGAGGAAGAGUAUGAGUCUAUUUCCGAAAGUAGGCUUGCUCAACAAGAUCUUCAAGACAGAAGUGCUGCCUUGGGAAAUCCUGAGAAUGAUAACAGAAUAGAGCUGGUGGACAGCGCAGGAGAAAGUGAGGUAGUAGAAGAGAGCGGUGGAAUGGAAGAAAGCGAGGACGGAGAAGGCAGCGCCGAAGUGGAAGAAAGCGAAGCAUUUGAUGAGAACGGGGCCACUGAGGAGAGCUCUGAGCUAGUGGAAAGCGAAUCAGUCACGGUUGAGGAUUACAGAAAGGAACUUCCGGGGCCGGAAGGCAGAGAAAUCAGCGUUACCAUCGAAUCUCUCAAAGAGACUAAUGAUGCUGCUCUUCUAUCAGAGAACAUCAGCGAUGAAGAAUAUGUCUCGCAAAGUGCUACGCAUGAAAACUACGAUGAUGUUUCAAUGCCGCCUAAAAACGGAGCAUUUACCAGCAAUUUUGACUAUCAGAGUAUAGCCAGAGACGCCGUUAAUCAAAGUGAACAGUUAGAAUUCUAUGAUUCGCAGCUCAAAUCACGAGGAAGUUCAGGUUCUUCACCUCCCUCCAGCGAAAAAGCCGCCUUUGACAUGGUUGAGGGUAAUGGUGGUAAUGACAAUAGUAAAUUAUCACAGGCAAAUACGGCUCAAGCAGAAACUUUUCCUGUGGACCUUGACGAUGAGGCUCUUGUUUUCGGGAUGGAAACCGGUAAUCAAGCAAAAAUAGCACAGGGUGCUCACUUGCCGGAAGGAGAUGUCGAUCCACAAUUGAAUCCUAAGGACCCCGAUCACGAUGAGUCAUACAGAGAACCCAGCGACGAGGGUAAAGACCAUAAUACUCAACACUCAACUUGUUCUUUGUCACAGCGUGAUAUAGAAAGAUUUGAGGACCAGAUGGCUACUGAUCACGAUACGAACGAUCUAGCCAGCAACAAAGUUGAACUGCCGACUCCUCAUCCGUUUUCGCAAGAUGCUUCAGCGGACAUUUCUUUCCACUUCGAUAGUGUUUCUAGCAAGAUGGUUACAACAACAGUUGGUGAUACCACAUACUUUUCCUGUGACAACGACUUCGCGGAUCAAUCCACUUUGCACGUUCUGGACCGUGAAAUUUCAGUACCCAAGAAGAACGUCGACGCUGUGAGGUACAGCCUGCAAUACUCAGAAUCGUUUUAUAGCGACUCUGAGAGCAGCGAUCUCGGCGACCUGGCACCAAUUAGUGUCAGUGAAUACGUCUCUCCGUUUGGAACCGAUCCGUUACCCACUGAGAUUGGGGAGGUGGAUCUCGUGAAACUGAAACAUAUUAUGGAGAGUCUAGAAGAUUCAUCCCGGGACGAGGACUCUAGAAACGACUUACAAACUCUUGGAAUGUCUCCUCAUCCUAAGCCUGAAGUAGAGGAAGAAUGCUCGAAUCUUGUCUGCAACGAAGUAUUAGCGGAGAAUGACGAGCGCUCAGCUUCCGGCAAAUUUGAGGAGGAAAGUGAUGCAUUAAAGACGCAUGUCAGCACCACCCCGAUUCUAUCUGAAAAGCACCAGUUGAAUGCGAACCAGGAUGUUGCGCAUGACAGCAGUAGCGGGGAAACUUCACCAAACUCUAAAAUAACAGAUCGGGACCAUGAAGUCCAAGAUGCUGCUAAGCCUACUGAUGCACACGAAUCUGGCCCAAAAGGCUUCGACCAGUCCCUCGACAAGCACACUGCGGUACAUGAGGAAGAAACUUUCGCCGUAAAGAAGGCUGAGAAUACCAAUCUACAUGAUGUAGACCAAGACGCCAAUAUCGAUACAAAGAACGGUGCCAAAGAAGGUCGGCCUUUACUUGAAUCUGACCUCGAAGCAGGCCCAGAAAAAAGGGCAUUCGCUCGGGGACAAUCUUUGGAGGCUGGAGAACAAGCUGCAUCAGGGAAGGACAGCACAAUUGGAAUAAGAAGCUCUUCACUAACAGAAGAACCGGGCAGCUCCGCGUAUGUAGCCCACGAUACAAAAUCAUCAGAACGAUAUGACGCCUUUCCGGUAGCAGAUGAACGCGAGGAGGUUCAAAAUCAAACAAUUGACCAGGGCUCUCUGCCUCUCUCUGAACAUGAGAAUAUUCUGGAGAUACAAGAAAUUGCAGAUACCAGGGAGGCCUCUCUUCAUGGAGCAAUCCAAACAAAACCACUUAUAUCAUUUCCGGAAAGUGAAGAUGAGCAAUCAACAUUUGUUACCGCCAUUGAAGAGCUUGCUGAAGCUGGAAUAGUUGACUUUGUACCAUCACAAGAAAGUGAGUCUCCUGUCUUAAAUGCACCAGAUGAUAAGCUCGACGAGUCCUUGGAAACGAGGAAAACCGAGCGCCAGAAGAGUGGAUUGAUCAAUAUAGCUUUGGAACAGCCUCUCUUGACAGAAGAUAUAAGCAACACAUGGGUCGACCCGCCUGGUGAUUACGCGGACUCUACGUCCAUGGGAUCAAAUCAUACCAAUGACACCGAAGAGCUGGGAUCCCUAGGGCACGAUUCUGCCAUUUACGAGAGAACGGAGAGUUUUUCUGCGGAACAGCUAACUCAGCCUGAAAGCGACCAACUUGAUGAGGGUUCAGAUGAGUAUAACGUCUCAAAGAAUUGGGAAGCCCAAGGAAACGACGUUUCGAACAGUAACAUUGGCCCUUCCGCAGUAAACACGGGGGUUGAUGACGAAGAUAACAGUCAGUCAGACAAGAGUCAAUCGAACAGCAGUAACUCUAGCCAAUUCAAAGAUUGUACUCCAAAUGUCGAUAAACUUUCAUUGAAAAGGCCUCUUGAAGAGGUCAAGGAAGAAAGUUCUCGCAAAAAACGAAACUUAUUGGCAGGCACAUUGAGAUCAACAGCAAACCGGGUCUCCAGAGUCAGAGACAUUUUGCCAAAAAUUUCGAGCAAAGCUCAGAUAGUUAAACGGGUCCCCGAUUUAUCAAAAACUUUGGCCAAAAGAGCUGCGACCAUUGCCGAAACUCUGGUUGAAAGGCCGGUUGCCUUCACCUUGAAUUUGAAAUCAACAGUCGAAAAUGUAAGCGAAAGAGCUGGACAUCGAAUUGCAGCAGGGAUUAAGAACGAGGUCAGGGCUCUGAAAGCGAAGACAUACAACGAACGAUUGCUUCAAAGUUUGGAGCAUUUUGACGAUAUUGUCAGCGAUGGCGAUCAUGGUGGCAACAGCGACAGUAGUGAUGAAACUGACAGCAGUGGCAAAUCUGACAGUGGCUUUACUGAAAACGAAUGUUUUAAUGCAGCAGAAGGCAACUCCUCCGACUCACUCGAUGGGAGCAGCUCCAAUACGAGCUCGCAUACAUCUGUUGAGACCAGCUGGGCUAGCACGGACGAUACGGACAGUACGUUCCGCGGGUUCGACGAUCCACCGGGAGGCUCAUUAAAUACUGCAGACCGCCAUUCCGAUAAAUCUGAGGCGGAUGAUGGUCAAGAAAUUUUUCCAGAAGAUCAACAAUCGCGUCCAAAUAUUUCGACAAGAAGUGAUAGCAGUGAAAGUGAAAUUCUCAACAGUUUUGAGGCCGCACCGAUGACCAACGAGACCGGAGAGCCAGAGCCAAAUUCAGAACUGCACCUUGUCAUUCCGCCAGGGUCUUCGGCAGAACCUUUAUUGGCGAACUCAGACGACUACACAAUAAAACCUGACAUCAUCGAAGUUGACGGCACCAUUAAUCUUGGCAGUACACCCGAAGACUUUGAUUAUCCACUUGACGAAAGCAGCAUCAGUUAUAGCGAUUCUAGCGAUUCUAGCGACUUUAGCGACUCGUGGAGUCCACCUAAUGCACUCGCCAGGCGUAAAAUGCGCAAGCGUGUCAGCAAAAAAGGUCGCCAAAGCCGCAUUUAA